CAUAAAAAUAUAUUUAUUUUUUGUUUCUUUUUUUUUUUUUUUGUAAAGGUAACUAAAUGUGUAUAUUAAUCAUCUGUGUAAGAAUUGCAAUCCAGCUAACAACCACUGGUAGCCCAGUCUAGAAAAGUUCAUCACACCCUCAUAUAUAUAUAUAUAUAUAUAUAUUCAAAAGCUUUUUCUAAUUUGACCAUAAAAAUAUAUUUAUUUUUAGCUCUUUUUUCUUCUUUUUUUAGAGGUAACUAAAUGUAUAUAUUAAUCAUCUGUGUAAGAAUUACAAUCCAGCUAACAACCACUGAUAGCCCAGUAUAGAAAAGUUACAUCACUCCCUCACCUUUUUUUUUCCUCUUUAUAUAUAUCAAAACCCUUUUCCCCAUUUUCACUCAAAGUUUUAGCAAAUAAAAACACCCAAAAGUUUGGUGGAGACAAAGAAAACGUUGGAUCAUUUAUACAACAUUUAAUGCGUCUGCAACUCCCCCACCGCCUCCCUCCUUGGGGUUCAAUCUCUGCUGUCGUUGGUAGUUCCUCUGUCGGCGGUCGAUUGGGUAAAGAUGAUGAGUUUGCUAAGCAGGACAAUCGUGUUCCGCCGUGGAGUAAUCAGGAGAUUAGGGAUUUAAUAGCUAUUCGAGGUGAGCUUCAAAUAGAAUUUUCAUCGACUAGUCGAAGUAAUUUGAAGAAUCUAUGGGAGAUUGUUGGUGUUAGAAUGAGUGAAAGAGGAUAUAGGAGAAGUGGUGAACAAUGUAAAAGCAAGUGGAAGACUUUGGUUACUCGUUACAAGGUACUUAUUUAUUCUCUAGAUCCCUAAAAAAAUUUAGAGAAGCUACUCGCUUCGUCUCAAUUCGUUUGUUUGAUUUUGACUUAGAAACGAAAUUUAAGGAAGUAAACAAACAUAUGUAGAAUGUACCAAAAUGUCCUUUAAUUUCGUAGUGUUAAACAUGUCAGGCGGAAAGCGAAAAUUAAUAAGUUGCCGAAUAAGAUAAGAGACAUUUUUUCUGAAACAAACAAAAAGUGAAGAGCAAGGGUCAAAACAUACCUAAAAUAUUUCGGUUGUUCGAAUAUUGAACUAUCAGGUGUGCGAGUCGCUUAGAACUAUCGCCAAUUAUUUAUCAAAACACAUCUUAACUAUCAGUUGUUCUCUUUCUACCCAAUACAUCACCAUUGUUCAGGUAGAAGAAAUGAACUAUUGAUUUGAUAGUUGAGGUGUGUUUUGAUAAGUAAUUAAUGAUAGUUCAAGUAGAAAACUCACACACUUGAUAGUGCAUGCACGAAACUCAAAAAAUGGGGAUAUUUUAGAUGUGUUUUUAACCAUUAACUCAAAGAAAGUUGGCCAAAUAAAUUGAAAUGGAAGGAGUAUGUCAAAAGUACUGAAAAUUAUCUUUUUAUGGCUAAAAAUAUCUAAAAAAUGUCAUUACAAAGUUCUAGUUGAAGCGAAAACUGUUUGUUUCUGCAUAAUAGUAAUUGUGCCAGACAAAUUGGAAUAGAGAGGGUAUCUACAAGUGUGAAUGGAGUCAGAAUUUCUUAUUUGCUUGUUCAUUUUGCUCGACUGAUAUUGAUAAUAUUGUUUUUAGAUGUAAAAUUAUCUGAAUAUGAGAUAUUAGGACGGACUGAGAGUAUGGUUAGUAAAGUGAUGGUUUCUGCUUUGCUUCGUAUGUGUGUAUUUUGGAUGAAACAAAGUUUUAGGGCAACAUACUAUAGUCCGGACGUUCUCAUGCUAGUCACCUGCUGUGGAUUUGUUGUUGCGUCUGAACUUGUAUUUGAGAAGUGUGAAAUUGAAAAUAAAGUACUGCAUGGGGAGCUAUUACCUCUCUUGCCCCAUUUUAUGUGUUUAGUAUUUGAUUGGACAUGGGAUUUAAGACAUUAGCUUGGCUUAUAUGCUAUAUAUUAGCUAUAGGGGAAAAGAUAGUAUAAUAGUUGAAAAGUUAAUUUAAUCGAGAAAACAACACAUUAGACUUGAGAGUGCUAAUGGUUUAAUGAAUUUGAAUUCAUGAUAGUUGAAUAUAAACUGAAUACUAUCAAAUAUAUUUGGACCUCACAAAAUGGGAAGAGCCAUAAAAUUGGGAAAAGGUGCUAGUAUCUUUUGGAUGUAUGGAGAGUUGUUGAUUCUUGAAACACGAGCAUCAUUCAUUUUGUGGGGUAGCGCAGAUAGCUUCAUAGAUGAUAACUCCCAAUUUCUUCUGGGAGAUAUAUAGUAUGACGUCACUGAAAUGCUUCGUUCUCGGUGAUUUUUUGUUUUUGGUGGACUCUUUUGAUGGUUGCCAUUUGCUGGAUUCAAAUUGGAAUCUGUAAGCCAAUAUUUCUCUCUGAUGUUAUGUUUGGUUUUGUUAUCUUCCCUUGGUGUAGGAUAUGCCACCUGAGAGGUAUUUUACCUUACCAAAUAAAGAUGUCUUAUCAGUAUGUUCACUUACUGUAUAUUUUCUAGCAUGUCAUUUGGAAUAGCCGAAGGAUAAGUAAGUUGAUGCAUGUUUAUUCUUGCAAUUUUGGUUGUGCAAGUCCUUCCUCGGACCUCGUGCUUAGCGGGAGCUUUAGUGCACCGAGCUGCCUUUUAAGACCAUCUACCGAUUUAGUGAUUUCCAAUGAGGUUUAGAUUCAUGUGUGUCAAGUCUGCUCCUUUUAGGAGAAGAGAAGUGACAAUGAACUUUGGGGAAAAAGAGGAAUUAUAAUAAUGCCAUAUUUAGUGAAGCACAGAAUUAAGGGUAAGGGUAGAAUGUGGAGAUUCAGAAGAAACUCAGUCUAAUUAGGAAUCCAAUUAGGAUAUGUCAAAAGUGACAAGUAAAACUAGAAAUCUAAUUAGGAAAAUAGUGAUAAGUAAAGCGAACAGAGGGAGUAAUACUUAUUUAUUCUCGAUUUCGUUUCAAUUUGUUUGUUUGAUUUUGACUUGACCACUAGUUGGCAUGUAGUUUAAGAAAGUAAAUAAAGGCUUUUGAAUCUCGUGACGGUACGUAGAAUGUAUUAAAAUGUGCUUUAAACUUGUGAUCUUAAAUAUGCGAUGAAAAGGUGAAACUUGAAAUUAAGUGCAAUUGGAGUCAUAUAAUUUCAUAGUUUUAUUUGUUCAUUUCUUAAUUUUGGAGGUACUCGCUCCGUUUCAACUCGUUUGUGUGAUUUUGACUUGGCACAGAGUUUAAUAGAGUGAAGAAAGGUUUUUGAAUCUUGUGGUGUUACGUAGAAUGUAACAAAAUUUCCUUUAACCUUGUGAUAUUAAAUAUGCCAUGUGAAAAUUUGAAAGAUGAAAUUAAUGAGUUGCCGGAAAGGAAAAAAAUCAUUAUUAUUGAAAUAGACAAAAAAGAAAGUAAAAAAAGAACUUUUGAAUCCCAUGGUGGUAUGUAGAAUGUAUCAUAAUGUACUUUAAUCUUGUGUCUUAAAUAUGCGAUGGUUGCUACUUCUCCGGAGGUGGUAUGGACUGCGUAAAUCCUUGUUGUUUGACCCUUCUCGAGACUCUUUUUUUUUUAAAUUUAAAUUUUGGUCGACUUAUACUGAUAACAUCGUCCUUUUAGAAGUAAAAUUAUCUAAAUUGUGAGAUGUUAGGACGGAUUGAGAGUACAGCAACAACAACGUACCUGGUGUAUUCCCACAUGUGGGGUUUCGGGAAAGUAGAGUGUAUGCAGACCCUACCUCGUUGAGAGUUUUUUUCUGAAAUACCUUCGACUCAAGUAACACAACGAAUUGAGGGUAUGGUUAAUAAAGUGAUAGUUUCUGUUUUGCUUCAUAUGUUUGUAUCUUGGUGACUAAGAAUGCUUUUUGGAUGAAAAAACAAAUUUUUAGAGCAACAUACUGUAGUCCGGGCGUUCUAAUGCCAGUAAUCUACUAUUUGUUGGUGCAUCUGAACUUUUAAGUGAGAAGUGUAAAAUCGAAAGUAAAGGACUGCACAGUAGUUUGGCUUAUAUGUUAUAUUAGCUAUUGGGCAAAAAAUAGUAGAACAGUUGAAAAGUUGGUUUAGUAGAGAAAACAUCACAUUAGACUUGAGUUGUUUUAGUGGUUUAAUGAAUUUGACUUCCUGAAAGUUGAAUAUAAACUGAAUACUAUCAGAUAUUUUUGGGCUUCACAUAAUGGAAAGUGUCAUAAAAUCUGGAAAAACGUACUAGUAUCUUUUGGAUGUCUGUCGAGUUGUUGAUUCAUGAAACACGAGGCAUCAUUCAUUUUGUGGGGUAGUGCAGAUAGCUUCAUAGAUGAUAACUCCGAAUUUCUUUUGGGGAUAUAAUAUGAUGUCCUGAAAUGUUUCGUUCUCGGUGACUUUUUGUUUCUGGUGGACUCUUUGAUGGUUGCCAUUUGCUGGACUCAAAUUGGAAUUUGUAAGCCAGUAUUUCUUGUAAAUGUCAUGUGCAGUUUUGUUGUCUCCCUUGGUAUGAUAUACCAUCUGAGAGAUGUUUUACCAAAUAAUAGUCUUAUCAGUACGUUCACAUAUUGUGGAUUUUCUAGAAUGUCAUUUGGACUUGCCGAAGGAUAAGUAAGUUGAAGCGUGUAUUAUUCUUGAAAUUUCGUGUGGUCAAGACCAUCUACUGACUUUGUAAUUUCCAAUUAGGUUUAGAUUCAUGUGUCAAGACUGCUCCAGAACAGAAAGGACAAUAGACUUUGUGGAAAAAGAGAGGAAUUAUAAUAAUACCAAAUUUAAUGAAGUAAGCACAGAGAUAAUAGUAAUUUUACUUUUCUUUUAAAGGAAAAAAAAGUCAAAAAUAUGACGCUUAGAAAAAGCUUUUUCUAAUUUCGGCCAUAAACACCGCUUUUUGUUUUUGCCUCUUUUCUACUUAAAUAAACCAAAAAGGCCCUUUCCCCUCAAAAAAUUUAGCAAAGAAAAUAUAACUCAAUAAUUUGUUGCAUUAGGCGAUACAUUUGAUGCAAAUAUAAACAAAAUGUGACUACAUGAUGGUAAUGUGUUGCGUUGGAUUAUACAUUUUAUAUAACUAUAAACUAAAAAUAUAACUACGUGUUGUCGAUGUGUUGCAUUGGCGAUACAUUUAGUGCAAAUAUAAACUAAACAUAUGAAUUCAUGGUAGUAAUGUAUUGCAAUGGGGCGAUACAUUUUUAAAAAAUUCCUAAAAUUACCCUUCCAAAACUAACAUUUUACUUGUCUAUUAAGAAAAGAAAAAGUAAAAAAUAUGACUUAUUCUAAAUUCUUUUUCUUUGUUAAAAUUUUUGGAGUGGAAAAAGGAAAAGGGUUUUGGUUUAUUUAAAGAGAAAAAAGGAGCAAAAUAAUAAAUACUCCCUCCAUUCCAAAAUAAAUGAAUUGUUGAGCUAUUUUUCAAUGUCCAAAAUAAAUGAAUUGUUCAUUCUUCAAGAGACAUGUUGAAAAUUUCUUUCAAUUUUACCCUUUCAUUUAAUGAGACUUUUAAGUACUUCACAUUUUCUAAGAGAGUAAUUUAUGAACCAUUAAAAGGGUAAUAAUGAAAAGUAACCUGCAAUUUAUGUCCUAAAAGAUUUUUCUUAAAGGGUGUGCUAUACCCCAACAAUUCAAUUAUUUUUGGAAUGGAGGGAGUAUAUUUUUAGGGUCAAAUUAGAAGUUCUUUUUUGAAUAAAGUCACACAUACACACACACAUAUAUAUAUAUAUGACUUUAUUCAAUAACUUCUAAUAUUUGUUUUUUGCUUCUUUUUUCUCUUUUUUAGAGGUAACUAAAUAUGUAUAUUAAUCACCUGUGUAAGAAUCACAAUCCCAUCUUACAACCACUGUUAGCCCUCACCUCAUUAUUCUCUUUAAAUAAACCAAAACCCUUUUCCUUUUCUCACUUCAAAAAUUUUAGCAAAUUAAAACCCCAAAUGUUCGGUGGAAAUGAAAACGUUGGAUCAUUUAUGCAACAUUUAAUGCGUCCGCAACUCCCCCACCACCUCUCUCCCCACGGCUCAAUCUCCAUUGCCGCUGGCGGUGGUAGUUCCUCCGCUAGUGGUCGUAGUUCCUCUGUCGGCGAUCGAUUGGGUAGAGACGAUGAGUUUGCUACGCGGGACGGCCGUGUUCCACCGUGGAGUAAUCAGGAGAUUAGGGAUUUCAUAGCUAUUCGAGGUGAGCUUCAAAUAGAAUUUUCAUCGACGAAGCGAAGUAAUUUGAAGAAUCUAUGGGAGAUUGUUGGUGUUUGGAUGAAUGAAAGAGGAUAUAGGAGAAGUGGUGAACAAUGUAAAAUCAAGUGGAAGAAUUUGAUCACUCGUUACAAGGGUAAGGGAACCUCUGAUCCAGAUAAUGGCGGACAAUUUCCAUAUUUCGCUGACCUGCAUGCACUCUUUUCAUCAAAUACGAAUAACGCACAGCAACUACAGCUCGAACCUGAGGCUGGUUCCCAACAAGUAAGAAAGAGACCUCGGAGAACAAGUGGAGAUCACUCAUCAGAGGAAAUCUCAGAAGAUGAAGAAGGUUAUGCCAAUGAGAGUGAUGAAGGUAAAUUAGCCAGAAGCAAUGUUGCUCGCAAAAAGAAAACUGAAAAAGAAAAGCGGCCAAGAACAAGCAAUGCAGAAAAACCUCCGAGACAAGCCAGCUUAGGGAGUAUUAACAAGACUGGCAGAGCGGUUGAUAAUAUUCAAGAAAUGCUUAGAGAGUUCCUUCAGCAGCAGCUGAGUAUUGAUAUGCAAUGGAGGGAGGCAAUGGAGAAGCGCGCUCGUGAAAGAGAAGUAUUCGAGCAGGAAUGGCGAUCUUCAAUGGAGAAGCUUGAAAGGGAUAGGAUGAUGAUGGAACAGUCUUGGAGGGAGAGGGAGGAGCAAAGGAGAGCGAGAGAGGAGAGCCGAGCUGAAAAGAGGGAUGCCCUGUUGAGUACACUUCUGAACAAGCUUAUCGGCGAAAAUCAUCCUUGAGAAAAUGAUUCACUGUAUUCUGUUUGCUGGUUUAUAUAAGAAGAAGUAUGUAGAUUCAAAAAUAUUUGGGGAAUUAAGAGUUUGGUUUACAUAGAAAUAGGAAUGUCCAAGUUGUAGAAAGUCCCAACUAAGAUAGAUUUGCAGGCUUCAUGAUACAUGGUUCAUGUUCUCAUUCUUAUAAAUGUUUACAGGAGGAGUUAAUUGAGCUGAAUUGGGUGUGGAUAAGAAGGAUUGACUUUAAGCUUUGGAGAAGAGAGAAUUGUUUUGUAAAUGUAAAGUAGUGGCUUCUCGAUGAAUGAGCUGCGAUUGCUCUUGUGAUACA